UUCUCCAGUCGAACCAAAGCCCAUCCGACGAUCAAUCCUCCGACCAAAUGCCUCGCAAGGCGAAAGCCGCGGAGCCUACCCGGCGGUCCAAGGGCAAACGAGUUCAUCCGACCCAAGCGGCCGCCGCCACCACAGCCGCCGCCGUCAUGGAGGCCGCCGAAGCGAGCUCCCAGGCAUGCGUCUACGACGCCCUCCCGGGUCUUACCCUGGACUUCUCCCCGGAGGAGGACCUCGACGCGCCCGAGCCCCUGUCGUCCUCCUACCCUGCCGCCGCUGCCGCCGCGGAGGAGGACGCGACCGCGACAUAUGCCGUCUUCCGCAACGAGAUCACGGCUGCCGGGGACCCCCUUGUCGACAUCCCCGCCGCCGAUUUCUUCUCCCUUGACGUCUCGGGGGGCGUCAGGGCCGAGCCGGCCUCCCCGUCGUCGGUGGCGGCGCGGCCUGCCGCGGCGGCGACGCCCUCGAGCUCCCUCGCCCCGACGGAGCAGCCGGCGCAGGGGUCGGAGCGCGCGUGGUUCCGAGGAGGGAGGCGGUUCAGGAGCCCCAUGCUGCAGCUACACAAAGAGAUUCUUGACUUCUGUGAUUUUAUCUCACCUUCUGCCGAAGAGCAAUCUUCACGGACAGCUGCUGUGCAAGCUGUCUCUGAUGUUGUCAAGCAUAUAUGGCCUCAUUGCAAGGUGGAAGUCUUUGGAUCUUUCAGAACAGGGCUCUAUCUACCAACAAGUGAUAUUGAUGUUGUAGUAUUCGAGACCAGGGCUAAGACUCCUCAAGGCCUAUAUGCUCUUGCGAAAGCAUUAUCUCAAAAAGGUGUUGCCAAAAAGAUACAGGUAAUAGCAAAGGCCCGUGUGCCAAUCGUGAAAUUCGUGGAAAGAAUUAGUGGAAUACCUUUUGACAUCAGCUUUGAUAUUGAUGGUGGACCACAAGCAGCGGACUUCAUCAAGGAUGCCAUCAAGAAGAUGCCUGCUUUAAGACCUUUGUGUAUGAUUCUGAAGGUUUUCCUUCAUCAAAGAGAACUCAAUGAGGUCUAUACUGGUGGGGUUGGGUCAUAUGCUCUUCUCACAAUGUUGAUCACACAUUUACAGUUGAUCUGGGGACUGAAAGAUAUGAUGGGCUAUCGACAAUCCAAGGAACACAAUUUGGGAAUUCUUUUGAUCAAGUUUUUUGACUUUUAUGGACGCAAGUUGAACUAUACGGAUGUUGGAAUAUCCUGCAACUCUGCAAGAACCUUUUUCUUGAAGAGUGAUAAAGACUUUGUGAAUCUUGACCGGCCACAUCUUAUAGCCAUUCAAGAUCCCAUGGUACCAGAUAAUGAUAUCGGGAAGAAUUCCUUCAACUACUUCAAGGUGAAAUCAGCAUUUUUGAAGGCUUAUUCUGUGUUAACUGAUGGCAAGUUGAUUACGAGCUUGGGACCAAACAGGAGCAUUCUGGGCACCAUUGUCAGACCGGAUUCGGUGCUCCUCGACCGUAAAGGCUGGAACACUGAUGGUGUGUUAGCUGACAUGUUAGCAGAACCUUGGGAACCAUUGCCCCAACGGUUUGACAGUGAGAAUGACGCAUUGUAUAACUGGCACGCAUUAGACGACGAUGAACCACUGCCCAGAAACACUCAACCUGCAUCCGAGGACACUAGUUCGUCACCACUGGGGAAACGCAAGUCCUCCAAGUCAAAAAAGAAAUCACGAAAGAAGGCAAAGGCCGAUGCAUCAAGCAGUGAUGAUACCGAGGAGGGGUCUGGAAAGGGAAGAGAGCACGGUCGGGGCAAAGGGUCAGCACAGAGUGAAAAGUCGCGUCGCAGUGGGGGAAGCAGCAGAAGAAGGAAAGGGGCGCGAGAGUAUGACAGAUUUACAAACACGCUCCCACAGUACACGCACAUUAGCAGAUGGUAAGUCGUGUGCUGCUACUGAUAGACAGCGGGAAGAGCGUUGUGUGACACCAUGGAGGCAUGCUAGCCAGGUAGUAUAUGCCCAAAUGUGUUGUUCUAUUUGUUUUAUUAGUUUAUUGCUAUCCAGUCCUUGUAAUGCUGAUCAAACCAAAUUUUCAGUUAUAUUUUUUGAAUCAGCAGUUUUACCGAGCA